AGAGAGAGAGAGAGGAAAUAAUACAUUCACAAGGGACAUUGUAGUUUGGAGCUCACUUGUAUUUGCAUGAAUCACAUAAAAGAGGAGAUAAGCUUUCGCCCUUUCUUUUCGUUUUAUGCAACUCACUCUAUAAAACCCCACAAUUUCUCCAUAACCUCUUCUUCUCUCAAACCCACAAAACACAGAGAGGGAGAGGCUGAAAACUGAAACGCCGAUAUAUAUAUAUACAAUAAUGGAAGAAAUGGCGAAAAGGGUGUGGCUGGUUCUGGUGAUAUGUUUAGGAAUCGUCGACGGCGGUCUGUCAGAGAAACACCAUCAUCAACAGCAGCCCAUGAACAAGAAACGUUCUUCUGCAGUUGUUGUCGGAACUGUCUACUGCGACACUUGUUUCAUGGAUGUUUUCUCCAAGUCUUCCAGCCACUUCAUUUCAGGUGCUUCAGUUGAGGUGCAGUGCAUAGACGAGUACUCGAAGCCGAGUUUCAGACAAGAAGUGAAGACAGAUGAAGACGGCAAGUUCAGGGUUAAGUUGCCUUUCUCUGUCAGCAAACAUGUGAAGAACAUCAAGAGAUGUUCUGUUAAAUUGCUGACCAGCUCUGAACCUUACUGUUCCAUCGCUUCUUCCGCUUCUUCGUCUUCUCUCCGACGUCUUAAAUACAGACAUCAUGAAACCCGAGUCUUCUCCGCGGGUUUUUUCACGUUCAAACCAGAAAAUCGGCCCGAAAUCUGCAGCCAGAAACCGAUCGGCCUCAAGAAUUCCGAGACUUCCUCCUUACCCGACCCUGCGUUUCCUCCUGCCCUUCCCGACCCUUCUCCUAUUCCGUUCCUUCCUUCACUUCCUCCAUUGCCUCCUCUCCCUUCCCUCCCUCCUCUUCCUUCUCUUCCCCCACUUCCCCCGAACCCAGUUUCCUUGCAGAACAAGAAAGUAGAUUCCUUGGGAGUCAAGAAACCCGAUGCACAACCCGAUUUCUUCUUUCCUCCAAUCCCUUUUCUCCCUCCGCCGUCUCUCCUUCCUCCGAACCCGUUACUCCCACCGCCCUCGGGCCUUCCCCCGCUCCCGUUUCAACCGCCUCCUGCCCCGUUGCUCCCUCCUCUCCCUUCAAUUCCUACCCUUCCACCAGUUCCGGGGUUAAAUCCUCCUCCUUCACCUCCUCCUUCUCUCCCGAUUCCACUCCCUCCCAUCUUCCCCGGUAUCCCUCCGGCCUCACGUUCUUUUUAUAAACACCCUUAAGCCAUGGUUUUACAGUUCCAUAUAUAUAUAUAUAUAUAUAUAUGUACACGUAUGCUUUUUCUAUGUAAUGAUUCUCUUUUAUGUUUGAUAAUUUCCUUUAUAUAUAUGCCAUAUUCCUCAUGUUCCUCUUUUGAUUUCUUGUGUUGUAGUUUGUAAUUGGAAUAAACUUUGUAACUUUGUUUGUUGGAAUUAUUU